AUGGAUCAGAUCAAGGCUGAACAGCCGAAUGCACAGCACAAGCAUCUCCGCAAGCGUGUCACCAAGGCGUGCGACUCUUGCAGAAUCAAGAAAAUCAAGUGCGAUGGCCAAGAACCUUGCGUCCACUGUACUCGCUACGGGUGCCCAUGCACAUACACACAUGUAGUCAGACGGCAUCGAGCACCCUCGACGCGUGUUUCCAACCGCAAAAUACUGAGCGACUUGUCGUCACGAAUCUCCAAGCUGGAAGAAUUGCUAGUACAGAUUCGGGACCAGGUUCACGGAAAACCAGCAGAAAGCACAGCUUCCGAUUCACCAUUCAGCGCCGUGGAGGGUGCAGAAGAGGAUUCACGUUCGGAUACUGACUUCUACUCUAGUCUUUCUGAGAGCGAUGUGGACGACAAAAUUUCGGAAUCGGUGGGCAGAUCCAUGACAAUGACACCUUCGCUGAGCUCGCAGCACAAGAGACCGAAAUUGGGGUUGCCAUCAUUUACAUUGGGACCUACCACCAACUCUGAGGCCGACGACAACGAAGAGCAAGAUGAGAUCGACUACUACAGCGGCGUCGAGAUGAGGUUCUCACCCGAAAAAGGUACGCCCUCUGCAGGGGCCAGCUGCAAAGUUGAGGGUUUUGUGGGUGCACACUCAGUGUUUUCGCUACUGAGCAAGGAAGGUCUUCUGUGGUUGCAGCGCAAAUUGGGCGGUCGCAGCGAAACCAUUCUUCCGCUAUUGCAAGUGCGCAACAUAGUGGUUCACAGUAAUGAUUCUUGUUCUAGUAUUUUGCUGGACCGUGUUGGACCAAACACUCUUCCAUUUGAGUUGCCCCCAACGGAAAUCUGUGAUAUGCUUUUCAAAGUGUUUUUGGAACAAAUGCUAAAUAUCACUCGGCUGGCGUUCGAACCGGACUGCAUCGAGCUCUUCGACAAAUUCCGCAAGUCCCCAGAGUCGCUCAAUCGCUCUGAAAACUUUCUACUACUGAACAUUCUCUUACUGGCGACAAUUUAUAUGGGCCACUGCGAUGAGCACGAAUCUAUCUUCGACUGGAAGAACGUACAUUUCAAAAUUCUGGUGAGGACAAUUCAAGUGUACCAACAAACCAUUUUAUGUUUUAUGGACGACUCGCUCAAGUACAUACAAGGUGUGGCGCUGUUUUGUUGGUAUCUCGAAAACUCGCCAGUGCCAUAUCAGGUAUAUUGCGUGCUCACGGCGGCGAUUCGGCUGGCGCAGGAGGUCGGCUUACACGACCGUGAGACGUAUCGCAAUAUCACCGACCCUGUCGACAUAAGAAGGCGGAAAACCAUCUGGCUAGGUCUAUACAGAUACGACCGGUGUAUUUCCACCCGUACGGGGAAACCGUCUUUGAUUCACGAUCAUGACACAACCUCUUUGAACGACUGGGAUUUUUACCAAGAAUCGUGCUCGCUUCUGCGGGGCGAACCUGUGACCGGGCUGCGUGACGAUGAAAGUCCAAACCCAAGUAUGGAGUGGGUUGAGAAUUUGGAUGCGAACGUGACGCGUCUGGCCACCGCUUCUUUGGAGGGUCUCGCUUUCUCGAUGAGAUACUGUUUCUACAAGUUGACCCAGUAUGCCGGUCGCUCAUACCAAUACCUGCUGUCCUCUAAUGCCGUGGCUCAUAAGAGCGAACGAUGCCGCAAGAUGCUGGUUGAAAAACUGUCACAGGAACUGGAAGAGUGGCGAAAUCUCUUACCAGAGCCCUUGAAGAUACAAGAGGACGUCAAUGCGUUACCCCAGGUUCUGGAAAAGCUGGAAUCGUACCCGCACAAUUUGGCCCACAACGGGAUCACGCAGUUUGCUCACACCACGCCCGAUCGGCUGUAUUUCCAAUUGCUCGGCCUCCAUAUGGAGUACUAUCUAAACAUGAUGUACACGAACUGCGUGGUGCGGACGAAUCCGUGGUACACCAAGCCGGGCAAGCGCAACCGCUCCGCGAAGAACUCGCCUGCGUUGGAGCGCUGCGCGCUCGCGUCUCGGAACCUGUUGAAACUGUGCCGGCUCAUAUUGAGCACGAAAGCGCAGUACCACUUCAUGCUCGCAGACGUGGUGUACUCGUUUUUCAGCGGGUUUCUGAACCUCUUCUACCGAUGCCUGGAGUUCCCGCAGAUGGCACGUGACGACCUGCUUUUGAUGAGCACGCUGAUCUCGAGCAUGGUCGAAGAGGUCAGCACGCACUGGACCUCGUACCCGAUGAAGUGGAGCACGGUCUCGUUCACGAGUCUGCACCUGCUCAAGGCUGCCGUCAUCCAUUACAACCGGUACUGUACGGACGAGGCGCUGAAACUGAAUUUCUCGGAGCUGGGCAAGUACCUGAAGAUUAUCCAACAGCAUCUUUUAGAGCAGACACGUGACGUGUCGAAGGCCGCGCUAGCGAAAGAAGGCCCAGAAAGACCACCACCGCUGGUCCCAGACUCUGUGUCUUGCGCCAGCAUGUUCCCGAGCCCGCAAACCAGGUCGAUGCCAUCAGCCGACGGCGACCUGUUGACGUCCAGCGUGGGGCAGACGAACGCGAUUCCGGCCGUGCCGGAAUCGAAACCCAUCGACUUCAAUUCCUGGUUCAUAAACCCUGUGUUCGCAGGCGGGCUUUUUUCGCCGACGCCAGCGCCCGAGUCUCCGGCGGGAGACGCGGCGCCGCCGAUACCAGGGCUGAACGCCGACACACAGGGGCAGGACGCGCCGCAGGACCUGCUGUUCAACUUUCAAGACUUCGAUCUGGACGAGCCGUGGCUCACGGAGUCGUCGAACAGCGUGCCGUCGUACUUCCGAUUCUGA